GAUUAAAAUUUUCAGGCCAUAUUUUUUUAUUUUGCUCUUUUUGCCCUUUGGGCAUUAAUAGGACCUUUUUUUUCUUUACCCUGUCAUGGGUUUGGCUAGUCCACAAUAGGAGUGGUUAAGUUAGGUUAGAGGAAGGAGAGGCCUGAUAAAUCUGGGAUAGACCACCCACAAAAAAUUCCAGGGGAUUUUGAUUGCUCGGAUGAGAUGCCCUUGCUCCCUGGAAUUGUAAGCUGGCACGUUAACCAUCUCAACCAUUCGGCCAUUAAGAAAAAUAUGAUUUGAAGAGCCACUUAUUUAAAAAAUACUAUUUUAUAUGGAUUAAUUUGAAGAAUUAUAGCUGUUUUAAUUAUAAUAAACAUUAAUAUUUCAGAUUGGCUAUGGAAAGCAGAAGAGAAAAAUUCUCUAUAUUGUCAAAUAUUAAAAUUAUUUCAAGAUAGAAAAAAUAGUCUAUAUUCCAUCCAUCAAAUUGCUCAGAUGGGUGUAUCCGAAGGUAAAAAUAUUGGCGAAUGGUUCGGACCAAAUACGGUCGCUCACGUUUUAAAGAAACUGGUUGUUUAUGAUGAUUGGAGUUCUGUUAAAAUACACGUGGCAAUGGAUAAUGUUGUGAUUAUUAACGAUAUCAAAACUCUAUGCAAAACCCAUCCAAAGAUUUCAAAUUCGGUUACACAAGACAUCAACAAAGGUGUCGUUCGUUCAAGAUACAUGGGAGGAAGCAAUGACGAGAACAAAAUUAAUUCUGUUCCAUUUAACGAUACCAAAACGUACUUAAAUAAUUCGUCUAUGCAAAAGAAUUCUAUUGUAGAAUGGUAUCCAUUACUUAUGUUCAUUCCGUUACGAUUGGGCUUGUUCGAAAUAAAUCCUAUAUAUUUUAACGCACUCAAGGCUUCAUUCUCAAUGAAUAGUUCUCUGGGUAUUAUCGGAGGAAGACCAAAUCACGCACUCUAUUUUAUUGGGACCGUCGGUGAAGAACUAGUAUUUUUGGACCCUCACACCACUCAGCCCACGGUCGAUCUCGACGAGAGUAUGAAUGACGAAAGUUAUCACUGCGGCUAUUCAGGGAGAAUGAAUUUAAAUCAGUUGGAUCCUUCUAUUAGUUUGUGUUUUUUCUGUAAUACCGAAGCAGAAUUUGACAAAUGGUGCAACCAGUCAAAACAGUUACUCGUGACUGACCAAGCUCAACCUCUGUUUGAAAUUUUUGAAGACAGACCAUUACAUAUAUUUUCUCUCUCCGACAAUGAAUGCGAAGGCGGAGCGGUUAAAGAAGAAAGAAAAUUUGAUCCUUCGGACGAAGAAUUCGAGCUGUUAUGAUAAUCUGUCAAUAAGACGCGAGCGUACAAUAAAUUUUAACAAAAAGAAAGUAUUAUCUUAAUUCGGAGACCCGUAUUUGUACAGAACAAAGUAUAAAUUUGUGUAAUUUCCGUUGAUGUUUUUCGGAGAAGAAUCGUAAUUUUUAUUGUUUAAGGCCCUUUAUUUGAAAAUCAACCAUUCAUGCAUUAAAUGUAUUUAUUAAAUGUGUAAAUUAAUUUUGUUAAAUUUGUAAAAAUCUAUUUUAUCGUUUAUAAUUUUGUAAAUCCUGAAAAAAAUUUACAACGAGCUUUGUAC